ACAUUCUACAGACAGCUUUCAACAUGUGGACUACUCUCACAGUUUCUCUCAGGACAACCUGCAUGUCUUCCCUCUCAGCCUGUCGAGGCCGUGGAGGGAGGAUCUGCGACUCUUCGGUGUCGUCUGGACGAACCCAUCGACCUGUCCUCUGAAAUAGUGGAAUGGAAUAGAGGGAACGGUCACGUUCAUGUUCAUCGAGGUCAACACAACGACCCUGACCCCCAGAUGCUUCAGUACAGAGACAGAACCACUCUGAAUCAUGGAGACCUGACCACAGGAGUCGUGACUCUGACCAUCUCCAACAUAUCUCUGUCUGACAAUGGAUCUUAUGAAGUCUAUCUCCCAAAGCUGAAGGUCACAUGUUUGACUCACCUCACCGUCGCACUGCCUCUUGCAUGUCUUCCCUCUCAGCCUGUCGAGGCCGUGGAGGGAGGAUCAGCGACUCUUCAGUGUCGUCUGGACCCCCCCAUCGACCUGUCCUCUACAACAGUGGAAUGGAAUAGAGGACACACCCGUUACGUUCAUGUUUAUCGAAGUCGGCGCGACGACCCUGAUUCCCAGAUGCUUCAGUACAGAGACAGAACCACUCUGAAUCAUGGAGACCUGACCAGAGGAGUCCUGACUCUGACCAUCUCCAACGUAUCUCUGUCUAACAAUGGACCUUAUGAAGUCUAUCUCCCACAGCUGGGGGUCAGAUGUUCGACUCACCUCACCGUCGUAACAAAGGAGCAAGAGAACCAGACCAAGAGGAACGACUCCAGCACAACCUCACCUCCAGCUGGAGAGAGAAAUGAUGCUUCAAACAGAGAGGCUGGUCGUGCUGCUAUCAUUCUCACAGUUCUCCUGAUUCUCUGCGUUCUCGUUGUUCUGCUGGUUCUGAAGAGUGGGAAGAUCCAGGGAUGGAUGGAGACGCUCAGAGGAGGGAAGGACAGACAAACAGACGGUGGGGAAUGAAUGCGAAAAUAAAAAUCUGAACACGGACGCAGAAACUGGAGACCUGUAGAGAAACGGGUCAGAAACCUCUGUCUGAUAGUUACCCGCUGCUAAAUGUUCAAUUUUCCUGCUGAAAACUAACCAGAUAGAUAUUAUAUCCUCUCUGCUGGCAGAGGUACAAAUAUACAGGAUUAAAAACAAUGGGACCAAUAAAAGGGUCAUUCCUGAAAUGCAGGACAUUUUUGGUCCCACCUACGAAAUGUCAAAUAAUCCUUGCCUGAAAAAAAGGAAUUUAUUUCCAACCCUGUUACUAUAAUAAGAGUAAUUAGAGUUAAAGGGUAGCAUUUCCUGCAGUUCAGUGUAUUACCUUUAGUCAGAUGUAAUGUUUACGUGUAAUUUAGCAUAAUCUACCUGCUUUACAUGAAUCUUAUUUUCCCAGAUUAUGAAUUGCCUUUUUUUAUCGGCACCAGGGAGCCUGAGCAUGUUCAGUUUGCAACAACUAACAAUAUAUCUGAACAGUUACCUCAAAAUGAACAAAACGUUUAAGUUAUAUUUAGAUCAAGAGUUUAAUAGACAUUUAAAAAUGUAUUUAAAAGUUCUAGCGCACCACUGAGCGCUGAUUAAAAGAAACUAAUAACACAUCCAAUAAGAAGUGAACCUUUGAUGCCUGAGCUGCCUGAAGUGAAAAUAAAUUGAUGAGUAACUUCCUGACAAUCUGGAAAAAAGGGUUCAUUUUUCAAAAGUUCUAAUUCUGGAAUGACCCUAAAGUGAGUUGUGAGUCCUCGGCCCAAAUAUCAUGUUUUCCAUGAGCCUAAAAUGACCAAAUAUCUGUACCUCCACUCAGACUGCAGACAUUCACGUCCUCCUCAGGAACAUCGUUCAAACUGUGACCAAAUACGUGCAGAACUACUGACGUUCCCAUCGAGAUCAGGCCCCCAGGAAGUGCGCCGGACUCUGUGCCCAAAAUUCGUUGUGUCCAAACGGCGGUACUACAACU